UGAAGUCAUUUCCAUUCCCACCCACUUCCGCCUGUCUGUAACUGAAGGCAGGGAUUAUACAAACCCAGACCCUCAGCAGCCUCUCUGCAGAGAAGAGAUACGGCUGGAUCUGCUCAAAGAUUGCCUCCUGGAAUCUCGGAGUUGCAAGUUGAAGAGCUCAUCAUGGGACAACAUUGCCUGCAGUGUAUGAAGUACCUACUGUUCAUCUUCAACCUUAUCUUCUGGCUGAGCGGAUGUGGGAUUCUGGGAGUCGGCGUGUGGCUGGUGGUUACGCAGGGCAACUUUGUGACUCUCUCCUCAUCCUUCCCAUCUCUCACCGUUGCCAAUUUCUUCAUUGCCGCGGGAUCCGUCAUCAUGAUCGUGGGAUUUCUUGGUUGCAUCGGGGCUGUGAUUGAAAACCGUUGUCUCCUGCUCAGUUUUUUUGUGGUUCUCCUGAUCAUCUUCCUCCUUGAAAUGAUUGUCGGAAUCUUGUUCCUCUGCUGCCAGGAUGAAAUCAACCAGUACGCAAAGAAAGAGCUGAAGAGAGGUCUUCAGUUCUACAACACAUCCGGGAACAAUGAUCUAACCAAUGGCUGGGACAUCGUGCAGACAGACUUCCGGUGUUGCGGUGUCGUCAGCUAUGAAGACUGGUUUUCUGUCCUGAAUGGAAAUAAGGUGCCUGCGUCCUGCUGCUUCAAGUUGGUCAGCGACUGCUCCAGCACAUCUGAUACCUGGUGGAAAGACCCAUGCUACGACAAGGUUAUCAAGUGGCUGAAGGAAAACAUUGUGGCUAUCUGCAUCUUUGGACUUUGCAUCCCAGUGCUACAGAUAAUGGGCCUUGUCUUCUCCCUGGUGAUGUACUGCCAGCUCGCCAAAGCAGAGAAGCACUACAGCUGAAAACCAGUUUCCUUUUUAUUUUACUAUUUUACAUCUUCCUGGAUGCUUGCCUCUGUGAAUUCCAGGAUUCCAUUUCUUCACCAUUAGUGUCUGGCACCUAGGCCAUCUACAAGUAGGCAACAUAAUGGGUUCCCUCCACGGGGACAUGACUCAUUCUGUGGUACUUUCUACACAGGAUUUUUUCCCCCACCUUAGACAUCAUGGACUUGGCCUGUGCUCCGCUUGGCAGUGAUUGCAAGAUAGAGUCACCAAAAUGUGCCAGGGGCAAGAGAUUAAUGCUCAUGCAACUGCUUUCCAGUGACAUCAUAUUCAAGUACAACUGCGCUUUGAAAGCAGAACCUUAUUUAAUCCCACACACUCCAGUUUGGAGUCUGUAGUAAUAUGCUUUCGGAGCCAGGUAUACAUCUGCUUCUUACUCAUAGUCAUGGAGCUGUACAGCAUGUAAACAGGCCAUUUGGCCACCUUGUCAAUGCCAACCAAUUUGUUAUAUUUGUGCUAGUCCCACUUGCCUGCAUUUGGCCCAUAGCCCACUCAACCCUCCCUGUCCAUUUUACUGUCCAAAUGUCUUUUAAACCUUGUAAUUGUACCCGCCUAUAGCUUCCACUGGCAGCUCAUUCCAGAUAUAGACGACUCUCUGAGAGGAAAAAGUUGUCCCUGAGUAUUCUCUUCAAUAUUUUUCCUCUUACCUUAAGGCAAUUCCCUCUAGUUUUAGAAUCCCACACCCUGGGAAAAAGAGUCACUUUAUUCAUACCCCCCUCCAUGAUCUUGUAUAUCUCAAUAAGGUCACCCCACAGCCUCCUAUGCCCUAAAGAACAAAACCCAAACCUAUCCAACCUCUGCCUAUAAGCCAAAGCUUCUAGCUCUUCUGAUUAUGCAUUGCCAAACUCCCAACGGGCAGACAGGGAGUGUCAGUCAGAGUUUAUGACUUCUGCCCUUCUUGCGUAUGGCGUGCACAGUCUAAAGUUGUAGGACAGCUUGUUCUAUUUGAUCUUCUUUGAUUGUGCACACCAGGUUGAUUGCAUUUGUCGAAACAGGACGGACCACGUGAAGGUUGCAAUCUCCCACCCCACUUCUGCCCUGAUCCUGGUAAUGUGUAGGUUUAAACCAAAGAUAGGCACAAAAUUAAGCUGGAGUAACUCAGCAGGACAGGCAACAACUCUGGAGAGAAGGAAUGGGUGACGUUUCGGGUCGAGACCCGUCUUCAGACUGGUAAUUGUACUUUCUGGAAGCCAUCGUUAAUUGGGCACAUUCCUGGAAGUCCAAUCACAUAACCUCCUCGCUUCAACUGCCCACCUCUUAGUUGUGCCUUUGGUCACCUGGCACAUCAAUCCUCAUAGAUAGACACAAAAUGCUGGUGUAACUUCUUCAGACUCUGAAGGAGAAGGGUCUUGACCAGAAAUGCCACCCAUUCCUUCUCUGCGGAGAUGCUGCCUGUCCUGCUGAGUUAUUCCAACAUUUUGUGUCUAUCUAAGGUACUGUAGUAGAGUGAGUUACCAGGCUGGGUGACGUUUCGGGUCAAGUCCCUUCUUCAAUCUUCAGAGAUGCUGCCUGUCCUGCUGAGUUACUCCAGCAUAUUGUGUCUAUCUUUGGCAUAUGACGAGCAUCUGCAGUUCCUUCCUACGCAUCAAUCCUCAUGAAGCCAUGCCUACUCAAAGCCUGUUGAAAUGUAAAUUCUCCCAUUGGAUAAUUCUUGACUCUCAGUCAGAAACACCAUGAUGCCCUUCAUGUCCAAUAUUUUACACGACUGAGAUGAUAAACCACUGAUCAAGUUACAACAGAAGGCCAUUUGGACCAUCGUUCCUUUGCCAACCUUUGUUUUAAAAAAACUCUUCAAUGUAUUCCACUUCCUUGCCUUUUAACAUAGCCCUAUAAACAGCAACUCUUUCCUUGUCGAAUAAUUUCCUUCUGCAAACCACGACUGCAUCUGCUGCAACCAGACUACCAGUCACCACAUUGAAGAUUGUUCCAACAGGCUGCAUAAAAAAUGGAUUCUUCUCCCAUCUCCCUUCUGGCAUAUUUGCCAAUUAUCUUACAUUCACAUCACCCCGUUGUCGACCCUCCAGUCACUGGAGACGGUUUCUUCUUAUUUACUGCAUCAAAAACUCUCAUGAGGACAUAAAUUCUCAGAUUUUUUUUUUUUUUUUUUGCUAAUGAUAAGAAGAGCUCUUGGGGACAGAGGAAAUGGCAUGUCUUUCGAGACAGUCUCUGGCAUCCGAAUUCCAUGCACCCUGGAGAGAUUUCAAGUUGGUACCUGUAUUGAUGCCGUCUUUCAGUGAGUCGCUAAGUGAAUGGCUUGUAACAUGUAAACAUUUUGUAUUAAAGUCUCUUGAACAACAAUCCUGAGGAUGAAA